AUGAACAGGGAUUUGAAACUGCUAAUAUUUAUAUCUUUUAUUGCUAGGGUUUUAUUUUUCCAAUAUGGCGUAUACCAAGAUUCUCAUUUUGUUGUAAAGUACACUGAUGUAGAUUACUAUGUGUUCCAUGACGCUGCAAAUUAUGUCUUUCAAAAUGUAUCUCCAUAUUUACGUGAUACUUACCGCUACACUCCAUUGCUAAGUUGGAUACUAGUUCCUAACCAUUGGCUUCAAUGGAUUCAUUUUGGUAAACUUGUGUUCACAGUAUUUGAUCUUUUAACAGGUAUUAUGAUUUUGCAGCUACUAACCGACUAUCCCUUAAAACGUAGGAUAAUCCUAAGUUCAAUUUGGUUAUUAAAUCCAAUGGUAAUCACAAUAAGCACACGGGGGAACGCAGAGUCUAUCUUAUGUUUCUUAGUGGUAUGGUUUUUAUACCAUUUGAAAAGCCGUCAAUAUGCCCUUUCUGGUAUGAUUUAUGGAUUGGUGAUCCAUUUCAAGAUCUAUCCAAUUAUAUAUGCCCCAGCAAUUUCAAUAUAUUUCUUUAGGUCCAAGGAUAAAGAUUGGUUUAAGAAUUUAUUUAUUAUGGGCGUUACUACUUUAAUAUCAUUUUUGGGACUCGGUAUGCUAAUGUAUCAUUUCUACGGAAACGAGUUCUUGGAGCAUGCAUACAUUUACCACGUUGUAAGAACAGAUCAUCGUCAUAACUUUUCCAUUUGGAACAUGCUCUUAUACCUUGAAUCUACUUAUCUAGGCGUAAGUUCUUCUGUUCCGUGGGCCAAGUAUGCUUUCAUACCUCAAUUCCUUGCUACAAUGGGCGUUACUGCAUUACUGUGGGAGUUUCCAAAUUGGAAUUUUCUAUUAAAUACGAUGUUUCUUCAAACUUUUACAUUUGUGACUUACAACAAGGUUUGUACGUCUCAAUAUUUUGUUUGGUAUUUAAUCUUAUUGCCAUUUUACUUGGCGGAAACAACCUUAACGUGGACCAAGGGAGUUUUUAUUGGAAUACUAUGGGUAGCGUCUCAAAUACUAUGGCUCUACCAUGGAUACCUAUUGGAAUUUGAAGGACGUGACGUCUUCUACCCUGGAAUAUUUUUUUCAAGUGUAGUAUUCUUUUUGGCUAAUAUCUACUUAUUGUCAGUUUUCAUCAUCGACUGUAAGAAUAGAAUACAUUUUGCAACGGCUAAAAAAGAACUUUAA